CAGAUACAAAAGAAGACGGCGGCGGAGUAACAACACUAUCGGAGCUCUCGCUCAUCCACGCGGCUACACUUCUCCAUACAAGCGCACUCCUGUUGCUGAAGUAAAACCUGGAAUGCACAUUUUAUUCCGGUUUUUUUCCCCCCACUUUUCUGUUUCAAGCCUUCUUUUUCUUGUUUACGCUUUGUGAGUGAAUGAUGCUGCGGUGAGUGGCCGGAGCAGGGAGGGACAGCUGGCUUCACCGCCUCGGUUUAUUCACAUGUAAAAAGGAGAAAGUUUGGCAGUUAUAAGGCUCGUUUUAGGAGAAAGGAUACAGGAGAAUUCACGCCUGGGUUCCUACUUGUUAAGGACAACAUGCCACAGACACCACCAUUCACGGGGCAGCUGAACACCGGUGGCUACAACAAUAACUUGUACCAGAACAAGGAGGAAGGAUUCCCCGGACUUUAUUAUCAUGACAACAACCUGGUGUCCGGGUCCCUAGAGGCCCUCAUUCACCACCUGGUACCAACUGUAGACUACUAUCCAGAUAGAACAUACAUCUUCACCUUCCUGCUUAAUUCUCGCCUCUUCAUCCACCCGUACGAACUUAUGUCCAAAGUAUGUCACCUGUGCAUGGAACAACAGCGACUUGGUGAUCCACAAGCGGACAAGCUGAGAGUCAGAAAGAUUACUCCCAAGAUCCUCCAGCUGCUAACAGAGUGGACAGAAACCUUCCCAUAUGACUUCAGGGAUGAGAGGAUGAUGCGCAACCUGAAGGAGCUGACCCACCGGCUUGCCAGUGGUGAUGAGGUGUACAGGAAAGCAGUCGGUCAGAUGAACCAGGGGCUGAUCAGGAGGUUGACGGUUCUCAGUCAGUACGAGGAGGCGCUGGUGAAGAUCAACACCACAGCAGCAGAGCGGCUCACGGCUCUGAAGGCGAAACCCCAAGCGGCGAUUCAGAGAGAGAUGCUGUCCAUUUGCAACGACCCAUUCACUGUCGCCCAGCAGCUCACGCACAUAGAGCUGGAGAGACUGAGUUACAUCGGACCUGAAGAAUUUGUUCAGGCCUUCGUCCAGAAAGACCCUCUGGACAAUGAUAAGAGCUGCUUCAGUGAUCACAAGAAGGCCAGCAACCUGGAAGCUUAUGUUGACUGGUUCAACAGACUCAGCUAUCUGGUGGCUACAGAGAUCUGCUUGCCUGUGAAGAAGAAGCACCGAGCUCGAGUCGUCGAAUUCUUCAUCGACGUGGCGCGUGAAUGCUUCAACAUCGGCAACUUUAACUCCCUCAUGGCCAUCAUAUCUGGGAUGAACCUGAGCCCGGUGUCCCGGCUGAAAAAGACCUGGAGUAAAGUCAAAACAGCCAAGUUUGACAUCUUAGAGCACCAGAUGGAUCCUUCCAGCAACUUCUACAACUACAGAACCGCGCUGAGAGGAGCCACGCAGAGAUCGAUCACAGCCAACAGCAGCAGGGAGAAGAUUGUCAUCCCUUUCUUCAGCCUGCUCAUCAAAGACAUCUACUUCCUGAACGAAGGAUGUGCCAACAGGCUGCAGAACGGGCACGUCAACUUCGAGAAAUUCUGGGAACUCGCCAAACAAGUGAGUGAGUUCAUGACCUGGAAGCAGGUGGAGUGUCCGUUUGAGAAGGACCGCAAGAUCCUGCAGUACCUGCUGACUGCUCCAGUUUUCACAGAAGAUGCAUUAUAUCUGGCGUCGUACGAGAGCGAAGGUCCUGAGAAUAACAUGGAGAAGGACAGAUGGAAGUCUCUGAGGUCCACCCUGCUAAGCAGGGUCUAAACUCUGGGAAAACCGGAAAAACCCAACAGGCGAUGCAGCUGUUGUCCAAACGACGUAUCCACAUGUUGGAAGGGAAAUGACAAUCUCUACUUUGGCUGGCGAGGACCUUUUGUGCUCCCCUCCCCGCCUCAGAUUCCUACGGAGCUCUGCUUGUCCUUAUCCUCCUGCUCUUCGUGCUGUAUAUUUUAGGACAGCUGAUUUUCAUCUCUUUGUAUGACUUUAUAGUCGUUUUGUUAAAAGAUGCGCCGCAAGCCUUCAAUGUUAAAAGAUUUCUGUUUACGGUUCAAAGCGUCUCUCCCUGAUAAACACUGUUUUUCUUUAACUGAACUAACUACAAAGUUAGCUGCUGGUUGGCUAACGCAAUGGAAACGCUACGCUCUGGUUCCACAUGCCAGCAUCCUCUGUAGAAGCCAAACCUUCACCUGAAACACUGUCCAUCGUUAAGCUUAUGGUCACUGUCCGAGUUUCCUUCACACGUCUCCUGUUUUGUUGUAGCGUGUACGAUAGAGCACUGGCUGCAUCUAAAAAAGGAUCAAAUGUUUUUGUUUGUUAUAUUUCUGAUUCAAGAUGCAACUCUUAUUUAAAUCCUAAAACACACGAGGUCCCAUUUACUCUAAAAUCAGCAUCAGUAAGCUUUGGUUAAGUUUCGCCUGGGUGUGUGUGUCGGUGGGGGGGUGGACUGUGUUACAGGCUGACUUGCGCUUCAUCAGCAGGAGGUUUAAUGAUGGUUUCCUGUUGCUGCUGGAGCUAAAGCAGCCCUCUGAGCCAGGUGUUAGCAUAUCCACUCCUUCCUGUCGGUGUAGUGUGGUUGUGCUGCCCCCUGGUGGCCUGGGCAGGGAAGUGUAUGCAUUUUGUGUUAAAAUUAUUUUUCAUAUUGUUAAAUGUCUCUCCUUCCUUUUUAUUUAAUUUAUAAACGUGUAGUUACGUUAUCUUAUGACAAUAUUCACUCUUAUUUAAUUUUGUACUAGAUACGUAACAUGUUUAAUGCUGUGUAGUCCUCAUAUUUAAAUAUUUUUUGUAUAAGUUUGUAUGAGUUGCUUCAGGUACGAGCUCAGAGUAUGAAGUUGAAGUUUUUUGACGGAUGUCAGCUUUGCCUUGACUGGUUCUCCCUCAGAUUGCUGUUGUGGUUUAUUGUGAACAUAGUUUGUUUUUGUUUCUCCCCGUGUUGAUCCAUUUGUAUUUGGAUUGUUGAAAUUAAACAGUUUAUAAAUGAUUUGGUUGUGUUUAAAGAGAAAGUUAAUAAAAAUGUUUUAAAUGA